GCAGCGGCUAGUCGUUAGCGCGUCGCGGACGAGGCAUGGUCGCGGUCCGGAGCCCCCCGCGGGCACUGCUGGCACUCCUGCUGCUGCCGUUCGCGCUCAGUGGCGCUCGCAGAGGCAAGUCCGGCCAGCCCACGAGUUGUUUCCACGUGGAGCAGAUGAGGCCCGGUAGGUGCGAGCUGCUCAGCAGGUGUCCCUUCGGCAUCCAGGAGCUGCGGCAGGGGGCCCGGCCGCAGCUGUGCGGAUUUCCCCGAAGCGAGCAACCAGGUGUUGCGCGCACAGCACCCACCCCCAUUGUGUGCUGCCCCAGCGAAUCCAAAGCGCGGCAAGAGGACGGCGGCGACAAGGUCAUGCCACCCGAAACCUGUGAAAACUUCCUGGCCACAUCUAGAAGCACUCGUUACGAGACUGUGUCUGAGAGAAAGUGCACGGAGUACGCCCGCGCGGCCUGCCUCAUGUCGGCGCCCUUGGUGACGGCGUCGGCGCCGUCCGACGGCGAGCCGGCCGGCCGCAUGGAGUUCCCCCACAUGGCGCUGCUGGGCUACGGCGAGGACCCCGACGCGCUGGCCUGGCAGUGCGGCGGCUCGCUCAUCUCGCCGGACUGGGUGCUCACGGCCGCGCACUGUCUGGGCAAUGCCAGGUGA